GACAUUAGCGUCUUUAUUAUCCUGCACAAACUGUCGUAUUAUCCUGUAAAAGUCCUGCAUAAGUCAUCAUACAAACAGACCAGUUAUGGUACCUACUACGUAUAACGUAGUGCAUUUUUAUGUUCACCUACUUCGUAUGUAAAUUUUUAAACCAUUGUGCAGCCGAUUGCGUUCAUUAUAUUCGUAAGCAGUGCUUUGGAGUUUGGAGCGACAGCGCGGAUGCCGCGGCGGCGACCACAGCCCCACCACGGCUAGCGGCAAUCGGCCCCUGCGAUCCACGAUACCACUCACUUGCGCACACUCUUCCUUUAAACGUCGGACAUUACGCGCGUGACACUAUCGGAGCUUAUAUAUUUUUGUCAAGAAUUUUCACCCGUGAUGGAGAAGGAGCAUCAACCGGACUCCAUGGCGACUAUCACUAUGAAGCCUGAAUACCCCCCGUCAGAAGUGUACAGCGCCUCGGAGCCACCACCGGCCUACCGACAAAGGACAUCAUCUUCAGUGCAGAUUGCGAAAAUAGCUGCACUUACAGUGGUGGCAUCCUCCUUCAUUUUGGGUGCAUUUAUUUUGGCUUCGAGUUGGGUAGCUGCGCGUGCGUCAUGCCACCAGCUCGAACAACUAGACGCCAUGCUCGACAAAGAACUAGCAUUGGAAGGUCGAGCUUACGGCAACGAUGCACUGAUAGCAGACGAGCCAUUGCCGAUAGGGAACGCACACGCCUUGCAUGGAGUGCCGCCACCGUCGCUGCCAUCUUCAGCGGCACCAGAGCCGCCGAGUCAACCUUCACCCUCGCCGGCCAGCCAGUUCAAAGACGAUGCACUCAACCAUGCAGAGUCUAAAAUAGACGAAGACAAAUUACAGAAAAUCGAUGAUGACAAGAGCGAAGUGCCGAACUCGGUCAGCGAUGAGAGUUCCGAGUCGGACAGCUCGGCGGAGGACGACGACGAACUCGACGCCAUUAGACCCAUGUUCAAACUGCCCAUACAGUUUGAUUUGGAUGAGCUAGCCGGCGCUUUCCUCGCCAACAAUCAGAAGGGCCGAAUGAACUGCGUAGUCGAGAAGCGUCGAGAUGAACCCAUGGAGAGACGAUUCCCCUUCAACAUUCUUGGAGCGUUCGCCCCGCGCAGCGCUCACGCCGAACGCAUCGCUAUCAUCUGCCACGGUGGUGACGAGCCGAGACCGAUGAACUUCCCAGAGCCACAAUCGCAGGUGUUCGCGUUCCCGCUGACGGGUCCAGUGCGCCUGCCCAUCCGUCCCCAGCCCGAGCGCCCCGCACCGCCAGCACCCGUCGCGGAGCCGAGGAUGCCUCCAUUCCCCCCCAGCCAAGAAGGAAGGAUGCCUCCUUUUGCGCCUCUUGCACCACUAGCGCCAAUCGCUCCCCGGCAAGGCUCCUUCCCGUUACCGAUGCCAUGGGACUCAUCAGAGGAACAGAUGGGUGGUCCCCGCGAGAUGCGCAUCCACGUGCAGCGCGUGAUCGCGAUCCCCGCGCCGCACAACAUGCCACCGCCGGAAUCGAACAUGGGACCUUUCGCCCCGCCCCCGCCGCCGCCACAGAAUCAUGACCAAAACGAGCAACCCACCAUCCUGCAUCAGUUCGUGCCCCAGACUGCUCCCACCCAGGAAUUGGACCAACAGGAACAGGAGCAGAAGAUGCCAAUGAACGGUGGGUCCGUCCAGAUGAAUUUACCGUGGGGUCUCACUCCUGAUGACUUGCAAGCGAUCCACCGCACAGCACAGGACGCUAUGCAGAGACACGACCAACAACAACAGAUCGAUAAUGACAUGCAAGAGUUUCAGAUGAAGACCAUAGUAAACACAUUAGCGGCAGCGGCUGAAGCCGAAGCCGAGGCCGAGGCUCGUGCGCAGGCUGAGGAACAACAGCGCCAGGAAGAAGAGCAGAGGAGGCAGGGAGAGGUCCGCGCCAUUCCCUUGAUGGAAGCGCCUGCGCAAUCGCCUCGUGCACCGCGCACACUUCUGUUGCCCCAGGACCCUCAGGAUGUGGACGAGAGGCCACACUACAUGCAGCCGCGUUCGGUGCGAAGCGUAGACGCCAUGCUGCAACCUGAGAAGCGCGUCAAACGCUGCGCCUGCAGCUGCGCCUAGACGCAGCGCGCGUACUCUGUGCCGCGGCGGCAUAAUACGAGAGUCGCACUUCCAAACCUUUCGUCGCACUUUCCGUCCAACCCCUAUCCGAUGUGUAACAACACCCAUUGGACACUGUAACGACUUUCCUUCUUAACUUUUGUAAAUAAAGUUGUUACUCCUUCAGCUUUGAAUGGUCGUUUUUAAUUACCUAUCGCAGUGAGGUAUGGGGUAUUAUUAUUUAUACAUUUUAUGUUUUAUCUUGAGCAAUUUGUUUUAUUUGCAAAAUAAAAUAAAUAAAAUUUAAUAAUAAGUAUUAAUCUACGUUAAAAUAGGUACAAUGUAGUCGAGGUUAACAGGAGGUGAUAGUUUCACAAACGAGUAAUUUACUUCAUAAAUGCUAUUCCGAGUAUUAUCAUUUGGUUAAGUAAUUGACUUUCUUUUAAAGGACAAUGUAUUGUUAAUUCAUAGAGCUACAUCAUAGGUUUUAAUUGAUAAAGAGAUACCUAAAUUAUAUGAAAUAAUUUUCAAAAUUAUUAUUGUGAUCCUUAAUUAAAUUUUUAUUAGUUUUA